CAGCAGCAGUGGCAGAGCCUAUUGCACCUCUUCACGAGGCAACGAUUGGACCCAUGAGUACACCUGUUGAACAUGACCCAGAGGCUAUGGCUCAUGGCGCAUCCGCAAUGGUCCUGAUGUGGCAGCCGGACCCACACCUUGCUCUGGUGCAAAUGCUGGCGCCGCAUGCGCUGCUCCGGCUGCUGCCUUCUCUCCAGCUGCACUGGCUGCUUCUCCUGCUGCUGCUUCUUCUGCUUCUUUAGCGCCCUCACCCAUCGCAGCAUCUCCAGGCACAGACACUACGCCCAACACCACCAAUGCAGCCUCAUUCGGUGUUGCUUCUCCCGUGGCUACCUCAGCCUCGGCUGCCUCUGUUCCCCGUGCCUCACCAUUCGGCCCAAGUCCCACUGGUCUCUUUGCUUCGCAGUGGACUCUCCCCGACCUUCCCCACAACACUUACGCAAACCAGCACAUCCCAGCCGUUCCGAACCUUCCAGACGUGCUGCCGAACCUCCCGAAUGGCCCACCGAACCUUCCGAACGUACCUGACUUCACUCAUCCUUCCAUGUCUGACCUUGUAGCAGGGUGGUUUUCAGGUGCCAGUCCAGGUGUGACUAUGCAGCAAUGGGGCUCUAUGGGAGGGUUAGGCACAGGGAUAGGAGCAAGCCCAGGUGUGACUGUACAGCAGUGGGGCAGUAUAGGAGGGGUAGGCUCAGGCAUCGGAGCCAGUCCGAGUGUGACUAUACAGCAGUGGAGCUCAAUGGGAGGGAUGCGCCCAGGAGUAGCAGCCAGCCCAGGUGUGACUAUAACGCAGUGGGGCUCGAUUGCAGGUGCCAGCCCAGGUGUGACUGUACAGCCAUGGGGCUCUACAGAAGGCGCAUCGGCAGUAAGGGCAGCAGCUGGGGCCGCUGGAGGGUCUGUUACUGCAGUGGCGGCAGGUGCCAGCCCAGGUGUGACUGUACAGCCAUGGGGCUCUAUUGAAGGGGCAGCAGGGCCAGGAGCAAGCCCCUCCGGAAUAAAUCAGCAGACUUGGAGCUCCACAACAGUACCUGCAGCAGCAGCAGCUGUUGCAGCAGCAGCAGCAGCUGUUGCAGCAGCAGCAGCAGCAACAAGUGGGGGAGCAGGUGCAGGAACAGGACCAGCAGCAAGGGGCAUAACACCAGCCACAGCGCCGGCAGCAGCAUCAGCCACCCUACCGGGUCUGGGGUUGUCUCUGGAGCAGCUGCUGCAGCAGGUGAAUCCAUCCUCGUUACAAGACGCGAGUUCGAUAAUAGACGCACUCAGCUUCCAAGCUUCUGUCGCCGCUUCAGCUGGACACCUCGGAUUUCCGUUCUCUACUGCCAGUAUGCCCACUUCACAAGGUCCAGCUGGUGGAGGUACCAUCUGUGCAGGUUCUACUGCUCCUGCACCAGCUGCCACCACUGCCCCUGCCGCUGCUGCUACUGCUGCAGCUUUCCCUGCUGCUAGCACUGCUAAUGCUGGAGGCAAUGGUUUUGCUAUGGAGGAAUCGGGUGCGGCUUGUGAGCCCAUGGAGCUGUAGACACAGUCGUAGACAUGGGCUGUAGCACCCCCUCUUAGUGGUGCAUGCCUUAUUGCAUCCUGAUCCCGUGCACCAGGACAUUCAAAUAUAUUUCCUGUGACAUGAUAUGCCAUGGCAUGUCGUGCCGGUGGCUCGACAUUGCAUUGCUUUCCUGUGCAUUGCUAGAGCGUAGUGAGUUGACUGUACCAUAGCCUCCGUUUGUGACUGUCUCACCCAUUGCUUGCAACACACGUUAA